AGCCCUGGUUUCCCCUAGGCUGGGGGUUUCACACUGACAUGUGUCACAUGUUGCUUCAGCAUCUCCAGGCUGGACCAAGGCUGGGCAAAGCUGUCCCAUGUUCGGGUAGCUGGGACUGGGGAUGGACUGCAGCUGUGACCUGUGUUUUGAUGGAGUAACAGCCACGGAUAAAGUUAAGAGGAUGUGGCUGCUGUUUUCUGCUCUGGGCAAGUGGCCUGACGGUGGAGCUCUUGCUCUGUUAAGUCAACUUCUGCUCAGCCCUGGUACGCAGGCUGCGUUACCAAAGAGAUGAAAACUUACUGUAAGAUUUAUUGCAGAGCCUAAGAAAUCAUACAGAUUCUCUAAAGCAAUCUGUUGAUGAGAAAAGGAAGUCAAAACCAGCCACUGAAUUCAACAGAAAAAUGUUUGCAUUGAAAAGCAAGUUGAAACCCCAAUUUCUCCCCACAGUAGUACUAAUCCAUCAUUUCAUAGAAAUAGUUUUACAAUGUUUUUCUUCACUAAGCAGUUUGAGGGCUGAUAGUGGAAAUGAUCUCAGACUUCUGCACAUUAUUCUUUUGAACUUUGUAGGUAACAUGUAGAAAAAAAAAAUAAGCCACCAGUGUGUGGCUUAACUACAGGAAAGAUGCUGUUUCCUGGUAAGAAAGCUAGUAAAACAAGUUUCAGCAAUCUCUCUUAAGUUAGGUUUUCAAACUUUCAAGUUUGUGAAUUGUUAGUGAUAUUAUAAUGCCUCACUGCAAAUGAGUUUUUGAAAAAGCUGGGUGACUAUAGCAGUUCUCUUGUCCUAUUCUGUAGCAGUUCAGUUCGGAUGGCAGCUUCAGCAAAAAGCAUCCUAAAGCAAAACCUCUGUGUAAGGCAGCUGCCGAGGGCAGAAGGGGUGUGUACGCCUUGGGGCUUGGAUGGCAUUGAUGGACUGAGUAGCACUCAACCAUGUGUUGUUUGCCUCUUAAAUGUUUCUUGUCCCUGUGCUGAGCAGUCUGCACUGCUGCAGGCUGCUUCAGUCUUGCUGGUGUCAGGAAUGGUCUUGUGGACACAACCCUCUGUUAAUCAAGCCUUCAGUGUGAGUAUCAAGACAAAGCAGGGGUAAAAAACUCUUGAACAGGUGGAAAAGGUUGUUUGGAGAUACGUUCCAGACCUUUGAACUUCCAGGCAUUGCCAUAGGGCAUGUCUUUUACCUACUCAGCCAGAGAGAUGGGGUCUUUCACAACGCAUACACACACCUCAUGUCGGUGCCCGAGCCAUGGCCACACUUAUUCCCAAGUCCCUGAGCGGCCUACCCUGGGAAAUACAGACUAUGCAUUUGAGAUGGCCAUUUCAAACAUCCGAUAUGGAGAAGGAGUUACAAAAGAGAUUGGCAUGGACCUGCAGAAUCUUGGUGCUAGAAGAGUUUGUGUGAUGACAGAUAAAAACCUCUCCAAACUCCCUCCUGUAAAUGCAGUAUUGAAUUCCUUGGCAAAAUAUGGUAUAAACUUUCAGAUAUAUGAUAAUGUCCGGGUGGAGCCAACAGACCAAAGUUUCCUGGACGCCAUUAGAUUUGCCAAAAAGGGAGAGUUUGAUGCCUAUGUUGCUGUUGGAGGUGGGUCUGUGAUAGACACCUGUAAAGCUGCCAACCUGUACGCAGCCAGCCCUACAUCAGAAUUCUUGGAUUAUGUCAAUGCUCCUAUUGGGAAAGGGAAGCCUGUCACUGUUCCCCUCAAGCCACUGAUUGCAGUUCCUACAACAUCUGGCACUGGAAGUGAAACCACUGGUGUUGCCAUUUUUGACUUCAAAGAACUAAAAGUUAAAACCGGUAUUGCUUCAAGAGCCAUUAAGCCAACAUUAGGCAUCAUUGAUCCUUUGCACACACUGUCUAUGCCUGAACGAAUAGUGGCCAACAGUGGCUUUGAUGUGCUUUGCCAUGCUCUAGAAUCAUACACCGCUCUUCCCUACAACAUGCGCAGUCCCUGCCCUUCAAACCCGAUCAACCGUCCAGCUUACCAAGGCAGCAACCCUGUCAGUGAUGUCUGGGCUCUUCAUGCUCUGCGUAUUGUGGCUAAAUAUUUGAAAAGAGCCAUCAGAAACCCUGAAGACCGUGAAGCAAGAGCCAACAUGCAUCUGGCAAGUGCUUUUGCUGGUAUUGGCUUUGGCAAUGCUGGUGUCCAUCUCUGCCAUGGAAUGUCUUACCCUAUCUCUGGUUUGGUGAAAACUUAUAAACCAAAGGAUUAUAAUGUGGAUCACUCUUUAGUGCCACAUGGCCUUUCUGUAGUGCUGACAUCCCCAGCAGUGUUUGCUUUCACAGCACAGAUACAUCCUGAGCGGCACUUGGAGGCUGCAGAGAUUCUAGGAGCUGACAUCCGCACUGCCAGAAUCAAAGAUGCGGGGUUUAUUUUGGCAGACACACUCCGGAAAUUCCUAUUUGAUCUGAAUGUUGAUGAUGGCUUAGCUGCAAUUGGUUAUUCCAAAGCAGACAUCCCUGCAUUAGUCAAAGGCACUCUGCCUCAGGAGAGAGUGACUAAGCUAUCACCACGUCCCCAAACAGAAGAGGACUUAUCAGCUCUCUUCGAGGCUUCCAUGAAGCUUUAUUAGCUUAAACUUUGUGUUCUGAAAAGUGUGCUCUAUUCUAACAGAGAGGUAAUUUCUUACAGAUACAGCGCUGAAUUUGUUUAGAGCAUGGAAGAACUUGGGUAUUUUUGACCUCUGUUCCAUUGUACACUGCAAAAAGGUCAUGCAAUUCAUCUUUAACUAAACAGUGCUUUGAAGUGAAGACUUGACAGUGGUUUCUUUUUUGCUCAGUAGUCAGUGGUAUUGACUUGCAUAAAAGUUGGAGCAGAUUUCUUACAGUAGUGAAGGCUUUCUUGUGCUUUAGAGAUGAUCAAAGGUGGAAAAAUGUUUUAAGGGAUAUUCCAAACCAUUUUGCAAAUUAUACUUCUAUUUAAAUUAUCCGUGAUUUUGUUCUGAAAAGUCAUGCUAGUUACAAAAUAAGUAAGAUCAUUAUUAAUUAGGGAGGGGGAGUUCCCUGCAGAAAAUGUCAGCUUACUGUAUUCUGUUCUGCUUAUCAUCAUUUUACCAUCUGGUUUUGCUAAGAAGGCUAUUGAACUGGGGUACUUCUUUUAUUGUUUGGUUAAGAAAAAAACUAUACACUUUCAUAGUUGUUUGGAAAAGGCUUCCCGAAAAUUUGUUUUGGGUUAAAAUUCUCACAUGUAUUGUCAGAUAUUUAUCUUUCCUUUUAGGAUCUAUGUGAAUUGUUCAUCAGAGGAAUAAAAUCAGAGUAAAAUGGUCACAUGCUCAACAGGAACCGUGUAAUAGCAAGACAGUAUCCAUCAUGGUCAUUCUGUCUCUGGAGACAAGAGCUCCUUUUUCCUGCUGUGUUCUGUGGAAGGAAGCUCUCAACUGUGUCUUACUUUGCUGUGAAUCAAUUGCUUCUGCUGAGCUCUUGCAGGUGCUGUCCCUCACAGUGCAGCCACCAGCUUAAGGAAGUGGCUGUGUGCUGUGGUUCAAUAUUAAAAAUUGGUGGUGAAGCAUAUGGCUGCACAGUGCCCUGUGGGGAGCACUGGUUAAUGUGGGAAUGAGCCUGCACCUUCAGAGCAGUUAACCAGCUGGUUGACUGUCAACUGAGAAAGGGAAGUGGGGAAGGGAGAAAUGAAACUAAAAUUUUAAUACUAUUUUUCUUUUUUAAAAAGGUUCAUGUGGUUGUGUGUACAGUUCAUUUAAAUCAGUUUCUGCUUUGUGUUGAACUCUUUCAGCAUCUGAUUCAUGCAGCUACCACAGCACAAGACAAAUGUGAGAAGAACCCCAUAACCUCUCGUGUGCUUAUUUCUUUGUGCUGGGAAGGGAGCACUUUUCAGUCACCCUGUUGAAGUAGAAAGCUCUAUACUUUCACCUUUGCAUUUAGAUGUUUGUCUGAUCAAGCUAGUGCUGUCCUAGAAUCUGAGAACAGGUGUGUACUCAGUAUUGACACUGGAUCUGUUUUAGUGCUGUUAAAAUAGGUGGAUGGAUGCUAUGGUUGAAGCCUGGUUGUUUUUAGCAACAGAACAGGUUUAGUUGCCAUAGGACUGCACUGCCAGUAUGCCUCAGCCUGUGCUGGGAUACACAUCUGAUUUCCACAUCCUUCUGAAUCUUUUUCCUCUGCUGAAAUUGCCCACAAGUACCUCUGUCAUGAGGGGUGAUGUAAUAGCAAGAGAUUCACUUUGUUAUAUUGUGCAAAGCUUCCACGUUUUGGAAAAAAACCCUUUUUGUCAAAACCUUCUGUCAAACCCUGUCAUUCAAGGUCAGGCUGGAUGGGACUCUGAACAACUUGGUGUAGUGGAAGGUAUCCCUGCCCAUGGCUGGGGGAUUGGAACUAGAUGAUCUUUAAGGUCCCUUUCAACCGAAACCAUUCUGUGGUUCUAUAUAAACUUUUGGCCUGUUUUGUCUUUCCACUCCUGUCUUUCUCCAAGCUGUAGUAGCAAUACGGUUUCCUGAAGAGAGAAUUUUUUUGUCCAGGAGCCUAAUUCAUGGCAGUCAUGCUGCAUUUAGGGAGAAUACACUUCUGGGGAACUGAGCAGCACUCAGUGAUUUCAUCACUUCAGCAGGCACUUUGUUGGGCUAGUUAGGGAGGUAGGAUAUUUCCUUCCAGCACACUUUUUAUUUGCCAUUUAUGCCAGUAUGGCAGUUAUUGGCAGGCUGCAUUUCCACCUGACAGAACCUCACACUUAACUUCCUAUACCAGGUAACCCAGAGCUCUUGCUAGUUUUUAAAUUAAACCUCAUACCCCCUCUGAUAUCCAUAUUUUGCAGGUGAGACAAAGGGUUUGAUGUAAUACCUAACCCAACUUAAGCAGAUGGUGCUGUAAGAAGGGCCCUUUCUGUCUUCCACAGCCCUUUCGCAGCAUCAGAGUCUCCAGCUGACUUAAACUGGUUGUGAAGUCUCACUCACGGAUAUCAGCUACACAAGUAGUGGUUUUCCCACCACCAGUUGUUAGUUACUAGUGCAAAUUUGCUAAGGAAAAAUCGGGGGAGCUCAUGUCACCCCACGGUGCUGUCUUUCAAAUAGUGGUGAUGUGACAGGGAGUCACGCCCUGGCUCACAGGCAGUUGUAGUUUUAUUCGCAGCUGAAGAGUUGUGUGGAGUUUUUCAUGUAUUAUCUUACUAAAUUACUCUGUACUGAAACAACCUAGUUGGUCAAAUGUAUCUGUAUCUUUGAACAUGUCGAUUCUGUGCAUGAGUCUGGCAUUUGUAUGGGGAGCUGGGGUGACACUGUAAUUCUGAGUGUCCAGCAGUGAUUUGGCAUAUGGGCGGCUUGUUCUUCUGGCUCUUGUUACCACUCUGUUACUCAAGCCCUCUGUGAUAAAUCUGUUACUAUGUUUAGAUGAUGCUGAAAUGCAAAUAACAAAAAUAAACACAAGCUUGUUUGAAAGUG